UUUUCACUUUGCAGUUGAACAGUUGUCAUCUAUUCGUGUCCAUUAGAAUAUUUUUGUAAAGCAUAAAAUAAUUAAUGACUUAAUUAAAUAAAAGAUCGUGACAUAGAGAAUCAAAGCAUUUUUUAGUUUAAGUAAAAUGACGUCGAGAGGGGGUGCUAUAUUCUCUAUAUUUUUAAUACUUUUAACAUUUGUUUUUUGUGCGGAAAAAGAAUAUUUUGAAAGAGAACGAUAUGAUUUGGUUUUAGGUUUAACGAAUACAGACACCCUUCCAAAUAUAAUUAAAUUAAGACAAAAGCGGCAAUCACCGACAGACUUAAAAAAUCAAUAUGAAAGUCUUCCGCAAAAUGCGACAGAUGCAAAGCAAAUUUUACCACCGAAAACGUUGCAAGCAGGACAAACAAACAUAUCAGUAACAGAAACAUCAAUUGUAGUGCCUUACAACUCUAGUACUCGGCCAAUGCUAGGUGUAAAUGGUACGGGACAACGCAAGGAUGUAGUAGAUAAACAAACGAAACAAACAAUUAUAUCCGAUCCUGAACUGCACACAAAUCAAAAUACUAACGAAGAAACUGCCAAAAAACAAAAUCAAUUUCCAAAGAAAGUACUUGGUGCAAUAUCUGGAGUACAAUCCGGCAGCACUGAAACUGUGGACGAUAAGUGGGUAAAUAAAGUUGAUGUGGCGGAAAAUGACACGCUCACCGAAAUUACAAAUCAAAAUUUCACAGUUAGCAGUAAAACGGAUCAUCAUAAUUACUACAACAGCACAAUCUUCGUAAAUAAAGCAGAAGCAGAUCGAUUAUGGACGAAUUUUCAAAAUAUCAAACAUAACUCUAUGCUUUCACAGUCACAUCGAAGAGCAAUGACCAUUGAGUUAAGUUUUGAUUUUCCAUUCUAUGGACACCCGAUUAGAAAUGUAACUGUCGCCACAGGAGGAUUUCUCUACACUGGCGACUACGUCCAUGCUUGGUUAGCGGCAACUCAAUAUAUAGCACCUCUAAUGGCCAAUUUUGACACCAGCCUUUCAAAUUCAUCUUUUGUGCGCUUCGACGAUAAUGGAACUGCAUUCACAGUUGUUUGGGAGAACGUUACUCUACAAGACAAACAAGAAGUUGGUAAUUUCACAUUUAGCGCAACGCUUCAUAAAAAUGGUGAUAUAGUGUUUGCUUAUUUCAAUGUGCCGAUUCUAAUAGAAUCAAUACAAGACGAUAAGCAUCCCGUGAAAGUAGGUUUGUCCGAUGCGUAUAUUAUCGAUAAAGUUAUUUACUUCACUCGUCGAAAAACGAUUUACGAAUAUCACCGAGUAAAUUUUGCUCAUGAAGAUAUUACAAAUUCGACAAUUAUACACCUAACAGCUUUACCAACCUGCCUCGAUUACACUGAUUGCAUUUCUUGUAUUAAUCAUAAGACUCAAUUUGAUUGUUCUUGGUGCCCAGCGUUGAAUAGGUGUUCCACUGGAACCGAAAGAAAGAAACAGGAUUGGCUACAAAAAAAUUGUGAACGCACACAAAUAUCAGACACUUCUUUAUGUCCAGCAUUAGGCCAAAAGGGAAACAAUGCCAACAAUAGCAAUAACAAUUCCACAGACUCAAAUACAAAUAGUAAUAGUAAUCAAACAGAUUCCUUACAUCCAUUGUAUCCCUAUGAGUCUGGUAAUACAACAACAACGCCGACCAACACGGGGACACUCAACAAAGCAGCACUAGAGCACACUCCAGAGAAGCAAAAAAGUGCAGGAGUGGUUUUAGGAUUUUUAACACCAGUUUGUUUAAUAUUGGUGAUAGCGUUAUGGGUGUUAUAUGCUUAUAGAAACCCUCAUACUAAAAGCGGUCAAUUGUUAAUACAGUCCAAGAAUUUGCAUCAGUACCGACCAAGUCAAUGGUCUUGGCGACGCGGGGAAGCUCGAUAUACAGCUGCUACAAUACAUAUGUGAAUAACCUAUUUUUACACUGUGGAAAAGAUGCCCCGACUUAUAAAUGUUUUUAUGUUUUCUUUGUUUUAUAUUGUUUAAUUGAUAGCAAGUGCAUAAAUUUUAUUGUAAUUAUCUCAGUAUCCUAAUUAAACAAGGAAGCGAUAAAUAUCAUAGUUUAUGAUAUUUAAUAUUUUUUAAAUUUUUGUAUUAAUGAAUUUAUAUUAAUAGAAUUAUAUUUUGAGUUAUUGUAACGAGUCUACAGAGUAGUGGUUUACGCGCCCUACUCUAAUAUUAAAAUGGAGGAUAUGAUUCCCAUUACGGUUUCUGGUAAUUUUAUAUUUUAAAUUUCUAUCCACACACCAGAUUAAUUGUAUAUUAAAUAUGUUUCAGCCUAUACCUUUCCUAAUUAAAUUAUUGAUUAUUUUACGUCUAACUUUUGUGAUUGUUAUUAUUUUUGCUGAAUUUUUAAAUAAAUUUCUUUACUGUAAUUUUACUCAAU